AUGGUUGACGUGGGCGUAUCAUUGUCAGAAAUAAUCGAAGUACGUGGAUGUGGUCUAAAUGAUGAUGAAUUGCUUGCAUUAAUUAUCAUUGGCUGUGAAGUGCUUACUAAAACACCUGCAGGAGUAUUCUCUCCUGAACACGUGAUUUUGCACACCGAUGGUGAACUUGAGAUAAAAUCUGUUUCAAGAGAUAAAGUAGACAACCAGUAUGUACCCCCUGAAAUGCAAGAAGGCAAUACUGAUGUUGAUCCAGGUGCUGUGCAUGUAUAUUGCCUCGGAGAAGUUAUUCGAUUUGCUGGUGCAGCUGAAUCAGGCAAUGCAGACUUGUUUUCCUUAUUAAACAUAAUGACAGUAGCUCAUAUUGCCACACGUCCGUCCAUCACUCGCCUUGGGCAAAUGGCUAAAAAUAAGCUUACAAUUCAAAAUCCAAAGGCGUUGUUGGCAGAAAUGUAUAUCCUAGUUAUGGGUGACGAACCGGAGGAUAUAGAUGAUUUGGACGUUUCUUCUGGUGAAUAUAUACCAAAUUCGCUUGAUGAAAAUGGUGGUUUGAAGAACUUAAAAUGGGACGAAGCUGGAACGAGCAAGAGCGGUACCUGUAGUCGAUCGAAAAAAAUGACGCAAGCAGAUUCAUUUGAUGGUGCAGAAGAUGUUCGGAGGUUGUCCGAAAAAAAUCCAUUUAAUUCAGUAGCAGUCUCAUGCGAAAAAAUGUCGCCAGAAGUAAAAGAUGUAAAUGAAUACAGUCAACUGGAAGAACAGAAACAACGAAAAUUGUCUAAAGGUAAAAUUGAGGUGCUUUUAGAACAAAAUGAAGAUGACGGAAAAUCAAUGUUUGAAAGCAGUUUACCAACGAAAUCUCUUUCGUACGAUGAUGAUAUUGUGGAAUACAGAGAAGAAAAUAUUUCUGCCGAUGAAUUAACUUUCAUACCAUCGACUGUAGGUACAGAACAUAUUGAAAAGGUGAGCGAAAUUUUGGAUUAUAAUGGUCAUAAACCUUUUUCUACCAACAUUAUCCACGAUAGCAAUAGCUCUCUAUCUUCUCUGUCGCCUAUUUCGGAGGUUGACAAAGGACAAAAAAUGAUUGCAUCUUCAAUUCUGCCUUCAGAUCACCAAAAUAUUGCUGAUAGACAAGGUUCAGUCGAAGAAUCUGACAGUAAGUCACUGGCCAAUAAUAAAAAUGAGGACGUCCCGGAGGUUAUAUUGUCGAAAAAAGAAAAUGGAAAAGAACUGCCAUCGGCAGAUUCGGAAUCUAGGGUAAAAGGAUUUAUAGCCGCAAAAGAAACUUCCAGUAUUUCAAUCGCAGCUGAGCAACAGUUUAUGAGACGAAAUUCGCUUCUACCAAGUAGGAUAAGUGGGCGAAAACCUUCAUCGAAACAUUUUAAACGAAGAUUGAAAGUGGAGCCAGAAUUUGUUAGAAAUGCGAACGCAUCAUCCAUAUGUUUGAAAGCACCUGCUCAAAGAAAAAAAAAGGUGACGCUACACAGGAUAGAACAUACGGACGUUACUGUUGAGCUGCUUAGUGGAAAGCAUGUUGAAGUGAGCUGUCGUUCGGAUGCUGUUGCGUCAGAAAUUGCUGAUGUUGUCAUGAGGCACAUGAAUUUUAGUGAGAACUCGUUCUUUGGUUUAACUAUACUUCGGGAUGGCGAGCAUUUCUUUUUGGACGGUCAUCAACGUCUGGAAAAAUUCGCACCACCAGGUUGGAAAAUUGCAAGACAAUAUGGUUCAUCUAAAAGACUUUAUAUGUUAUUUCUGCGCUUUCGAUAUUAUCCAGCAUCAAUCGCCUUCAUACGAACUGAAGUUGUACUUCAUGAGUUGUACUUACAACUGCGGCGAGACAUCUUGGAUGAUCGCAUUCAACCAAAACGUGAUUUAUUGUAUGAUUUAGCUGCAUUUGCUUUGCAAAGUGAAUAUUCUGAUCAACCUAAUGUAACAGUCUCUGACUACUUUGAUCUGCAACACUAUAUACCGAAGAGGUAUUUGGAUAACUACAAUGAAAAAGCGGUAAUCAAAGAUGUAAUCGAAAAGCAUGGACGAUACCGCGGAAUGAAACAACAGGAUGCUGAAAAGCGUUUUAUUCUACUGUGUCAGCGGCUACCUGAUUAUGGUGCUCAUUUGCAUCGUGUUUUUGCAUCCAAACCAUCGAUAAAUCUUGGUAAUACACCGCUUGGUGAUCCUGAAACUGGCGUGGCGCAGUGGAUUGGGAUUAUGACACGUGGUAUUGUACUUUUCGAAGAAGAAAGUGGUGGCCGGCAUGCUCAGAUAGAACAUCUUUGGCAAAAUACGCAAACUUUACAGUUUGAUAAGAAGCGCUUUGUGAUUGCCUCCGAAAUCCACGAACCAUCCACCAAUGUCUUCUAUACCGAUCAUUAUACAAAAAGUGCCUAUUUUGUCCGUUUUGCGGCUUCACAGCAUCGCUUUAUGAUAAAAAUGCGACAGUGGAAUCAUACUUUAAGGCGUGAUAGCCCUUUCCAGUUCCGUAGAAUGCCGGAUGUUGGUGCGGACAUUAAUUUUAUGGAAGAGGUACCGUCAGUAUAUUAUAUGAAUGCCUCUGACAAAGCAAACAUACCGGAACCAAGUUUUACUGAAAGCAGUAAUCAAUAUACCUCAAGCGGUGGUCGAGUUUUGGAAGAGAUUUCUUCUGAAGAAUUCAUUGAGAAUGGUGAUGGAUAUACUUUGGAAAUUUUGCUGGAAAAAGAUCCAAAUAGUGGGCUUGGUUUAACAUUGGUUGAUGGUAAUCUGAACGGUGUAAAAGGUGUGUAUGUGAAGUCUGUAUCUGAAGGAGGCGUCGGGAAAAAAGGAGGAGUGAAUGUUGGUGAUCGAUUACUAAGUGUCAAUGAUGUGUCACUUAUUGGUAAGGAUAGGCAUGUAACUGUCGAUCUAGUGAAAAAGUGUGGCAAUUUUGUCCAUUUGAAGAUUUUUAGGUUAGAAGCGAUAACAUCCGCACUUGCUUCUGGCAUUAUUAAGGAUAAAACAGUGACCUACGAUCAGAAAGGAUAUAAAAAUCAUUCACUGUCUGUUAGUGAAGGACUGCGAUCAAGAACGCCGCCACCGCCGAGAAAGUAUUCAAAUAUUCUGAAGAAACGCACAAGAGCUAUUAGUGACUUUGGCGCUGUUGGUGAUACUUUACCCGAUUUGAAUAGCGAAGAUUUAUUAUCAAACCUUAGAAGUGAAUCGAAGUUGGGAUAUUUACGGCUAGAGACUUCGUUGAACGAUGAGGCUGAUUGUGGAACGGGAUUCGACGUGCCAGUGGUAUCCAUGUACAAGUUCGAAAAUGUUGAUGAUGAAUUGGUAGAGCAUUCUCCAGAACGAACCAGUGCAACACCAUAUUUUCCAUUUAAGACAAAUGAAAAUGACUGGUUGAAAAUGGGGAAGAGUGACGCUGACCAGCAAAGAAGUCCGUGCAACGACUGGAAAUCAGUGCAGGAUUGCAGAAAGAAGCCAAAUCUUGAUUGGGCCGAUGAUCUGGAUGAUAUUGUGGAACCGUUACCAUCCGAUAUUUCGAUAGUUACUCUCGAGCGUAAUGGAUCUGGUAGUCUUGGUUUUCAAAUUGCAUCUAGCGGAGGUGUUGUAUAUGUAAAACAAAUUACUGCAGAGCCUGCACUUUCGUGUCCCGAUAUUCGAGUGGGAGACAAGAUUAUAUUGGUAAAUCAUGAGAAGGUGCAAAAUCUAAUGCAUCAACAAUUGGUGGAUCUGUUAAGAAAGGGUGGUGACAAAGUGGUAAUAGGCUUACAAAACUCAGACAAAGAAAUAAGUACUUGUGACGAAGGCGAACAGACUGUACGAGUUGUUCUGGAGAAGUCUCAUACGGGUUCGCUUGGUCUCAGCUUAGCAAAGAAGACUGGUAUGGAUGGAAUUUACAUCCGAAUGAUCAGCAGUGGUAGUGCUGCGGAUAUUGAUGGAACACUGCAUAUCGGUGAUAAAAUUUGGAAAGUCAAUGGGCAGUUAGUAAGUAAUUGUACACCAGGUGCCAUUGUUGAUUUACUGAAAGCCGCAAGCAAUCCUGUGGAAAUUAUUGUAAAACGAGUCACAGCCAAGUAA